AUGUCGAACGCAGAAUCGCAUCAUCCUGUGUACGGAAUGUCUGGAUGUUUUCCAGGAUCUCAUAGAUUACCUCUCAGUGCCGCUAUUGUGGUGUCCUCCCCUCAAUUGGAUCCCAAUCCUACGAUACAGGACAACAGAGGCAACAAAAGGGCGAGGACGAAAAUUGAAGUUUCCCGUGAUGGAGCAUUAGGAUUUUUGUCGAGUAUCAAUGAAGACAUAUUGUUGGAGAUCUUCCUUAGACUCUCCAACUGUCGAUAUGCUAUUCAGUUUAGCUCUGUUUGUCGGCAUUGGCAUGCAUUGAUCUCUCAACCCCAAUUCAUCCCCAGGUUCAUCCGUCUCCAUCGAGAUCUAGAUCAAUCAUAUACCAUUCUUUUCCGCAUGAAUCAUCUUUAUGGGGAUUGCCCAAAGUAUUAUCAAUUGGUUGCAACUCUUUACUCCAAGGAGUCUUUGCUUCUCCAUGGCAAGCAUGCAUUAUCAUCAUCGUCUAACUACCUCGAUUUUAUGGGGCCGAUGCUCAUGAUCAUUAGGGCAUCAUGCAAUGACUUGUUGCUUGUGUCCCCUGAUUCCCGUCUGCGAGUGGGAAGAAACAAUCCACGGAGGUAUUACAUUUGUAAUCCGGUGACGAAAAAGUGGUUUCUCGUUCCUAGGGAUGCUCCUUAUGGAUUUAUAACUGGGUUUGCAUUAAUAUGCACGCCCGAUUCUAACGGUCCAUACAAGGUGAUAAUACUUGACUUUCUUACUCUUGAUGAUGAAACGGAUGAAGUUCCUGUCGGCCACUACAUACAACCAGUUCUUAUGUUUUGCUCAGAGUCACAACAAUGGACCAAAUCUUCCUUCUUGGUGCCUAGGCGUGCAAGAAAUGACUAUAGCGUUGACUUGAAUAUUGUUGUGUGCAAUGGGACUCUGUACUGGAUGGACGGUUUAUAUAAACGUGACCGGGUUGUUUUUUUAGAUUUGGGCAACAAACAUUGUUCUGUUAUUUACUUCCCGGACAUUGUGCGUAAUAGCACAAGUGAGGUGCCCAACUCGAGGACCCACCUUGGAGUUGUGAGGGACGAGUUGAGGUUGUUGCACGUUUUGAAGGCCGGGCCGGGCCGGAGAUGCUUCGUCGUGGGGGUUUGGGAGUUGGACCGUCGGGAUUAUUCGUGGGCAUUGGUCGGUCAAAGGGAGUUGAGUUUUUCGGAGGAUGACUACGACAGGGAUGCAUUGGUUGGUGCCGCUUUUCAUCCGAAAGAUUGUGACUCGAUUUUCAUCGUGUGUGGAAAGAGUGUUUACGAGUGUGCGGUUUCAAAGGACAAAUGUCGCAAGCUUGGGGAGAUUCGAGAAUCUAUAGGCGACGAGGGUCUCGCGGCCUUUGUUCUGACACAUCCACCGUGGCCUACGCCAGUUCCAUGUGUUUAG